CUUCCCGUGUCCUUCGGCGGCAGCGGGAGCCGGGAAGCCUGUCUGUGGUGGAUUGGGGUGCUGCGGGUGCUACCCUGUGUGGCCUCUGCUUGACAGGGAGAUGCCGCUGGAGGAUGGGGACCCGGCGAGGCAGAGGGGACAGCGGGCCAACGGUGAGGUCAGCGGUACCCCCCAGCUCAGGGGGACAGGGGACCCCCCGCCCCGGGGCACGCCAGCUCCCUACGGCAGCAGGACGGAGGUGAUGGCAGAGUGCUGGGACCCAGAGCCAGCGCUGGGUGACGGGGAUGUCAACCCUGGGGGGACCUCGCAGCGAGCGGGGCAGGAGCUGGGGAGGUGCGAGGAAGCCCUGAUGGCCGAACUCUCGGAGCUGGUGCAGAAGGUGGUGAAGAGCAGCAGCUGGUGGGAGCGGCACGGCGUGGACAACAGCAUCCUAGCCUGCAGCUUCCUCCUGCUCCCAGCAGGAUUCCUGUGCUUGCGGUCAGCCCAGGCCAUCCCUUUCCUGGUGGGUGUCCUCACCCUCGGCGUGGUGCAUCACACCUUGACCGUGAAGGGCAGCCAUCUGGCCAGCCACAAUGCCUUGACCGAGUCCAAGUCCUGGGGUAAAGUGUGGGCCGUCUUCUUCAUCGAGCUCUGCUCAGCUUUCACAGCUGAGCAGGCCACCUACAACCACGUGAAGAUACACCAUGGCUACACCAAUGUCAUCGGCCUGGGGGACUCCAGCACCUGGAAGCUUCCUUUCCUGAACCGCUAUGUCUACAUGUUCAUCGCGCCUCUCGCGGUGCCCAUCAUAACCCCUCUGGUUGCUCUUGAUUUAUUGAGGAACGUGGAGUGGAAAGCAGCUCUCCGGACCCUCUGCUGCAUGUUUUUGGGUCUUUACUGCCAUUACUGGCUGCUGCUCCACGUCUCAGGCUUCCAGUCGCCGUGGUCCGCCCUACUCUGCAUGCUGCUCACACGCUCCCUCCUGGCGCAUCCCUACAUCCAUGUCAACAUAUUCCAGCACAUCGGCCUCCCUAUGUUUGCGGCCGAUCGGAAACCCAAGCGGAUCCAUCUCAUGAGCCUGGGCGUCCUCAACCUGCCCCGCAACGCCCUGCUUGACUGGUCCUUUGGCCACUCACUCAUCAGCUGCCACGUGGAGCAUCACCUCUUCCCCAGCCUCUCUGACAACAUGUGCCUGAAGAUCAAACCCAUCGUCUCCCAGUACCUGAAGCAGAAGAAGCUGCCGUACAACGAGGACACCUACACCUCCAGGCUCCAGCUCUUCCUGAAGAGAUACGAGGAGCUGAUGGUCCACGCUCCCUCCAUAACGGAGCUGGUGGGCAUCCAGUGAGGACAGGGCCCCAGGACUUGGGGGGCUGCUUCCCGUGGGGACUUGUGGCAGGGAUGGUUUUAGCAGGAUCGGGGCUACACAGACACAUGCCUCCAUAAAGCCAUCGCGUAGGAAACAUCUCUCCCCGAUGUCUUGCUUUUGGCUAGAUAAUGAUGCACGGAGCCACCGCGGGAGGAGAGCCGGGCAGUGCAAUGCCAGGGAUGGAAAAGGGCGGUCCCCCCCAAAUUAUUUCCAGCCAGGGCUUAGUUUUAUCCACUCUGCUUUCACGCUUGGGGAGAGAAAACCCUCAUCUGCUGGCUGGAGCCUCCUGGCAGCAGGACCAGGGGAGAUGCUGCUGGGGACGUGGCACCAUCUCCGGGGCUUCCGGAGCCGGUUCCCGGCUGAGAACCGCUGGGGUCUGUAGGAUGGAGUUGCAGAUGUGUGGUCGGGGGCUCAGGGAAGGGGUGGA